CGUCUCACUUCCCAUCUUGCCACCAACACGUCAUGAGCCGCCAGUCGUCUCCCGACAUCUCGGACUCGGAGCUCCUCGAGGGCCUCGAGGACAAGUUUGACAUGGGCGCUGAGCGCGAGCGCCGCAUGCAGGCGCUGCGCAACGAGGCGCAGCGGCUCAAGGCCAUCAACGAGACCGAGUACGGCAAGGUCGUGACGUACGGCGACGAGAAGAAACUCAUUGAGCGCAUGUCCAAAGACAAGUGGGUCGUCGUGCACUUCUUCCACCCCGACUUCCCCCGUUGCCGUAUCAUGGAUGCGCGGUUGGAGGAGCUCGCACCGAAGCACCCGCAGACGCUCUUCCUGCGCGCCAGCGUAGCCGACACGCCCUUCCUUGUCAACAAGCUGGGUGUGCAGGUGCUCCCCUGCAUCUACGUUUUCGUGGAUGGCAAGGGCGUCGACCGCCUGAUAGGCUUCGAGGAGCUCGGGCAAACGGACCAGUUCUCAACGAAGGUCCUCGAGUUCCGGUUGCAACAGACCGGCGCGCUCCCCUCCGGCCCGGUGUCGCUCGCCAACAUGAUGGGCAAGCUGAGGGAGGGGGACGAGUCAGACGACUCGGACGACGACCAGUUCCUGGACAAGGCGCGGCGGCGGGGCAAGGUCGGCAUCCGCAAUGGCCUGGCACUGGGCCUGGACGACGAGUAGGCUGCGGUAUUUCUUCACAUUGUACACUAUGCACUAUCUCUGCAUCCAGC